CCCGCGAAUGUUAGAUGGCCUAAAAACUCAGACAGCUUCUCAGUGCACUCUCUCAAAUAAGCUAUUCUUUUUUCUUCAUCUUUUGCCCAUAACAAACAUGAGAGUCUCACUUACUCCAUAGAAACGCUUCAGUCUCCUUCCUUUCCAUCUAUGAUGUUCAAAAUCCAAAUGGGUUUUCAGGAAAUGAAGUUCUGGCAAUGAUUUCUUGGCUUUCUUGACAUUCAAAAAUGCUGUCUUUAAGGGAUUUUUGGAGAAGGCAUAGAAGCAAGGCUUUUGUUGUUGUGGGAGCUUUGAGAAGUGGGUAUUUUUUGUAUAGGAUUUAUGCUUCUCAUACAUAGAGGAUUUCUGAUUUGGAGACUCAAAUCGACAGCCAACAUGAAAUUGAUGAGCUCAUUAAGGCCCAGGGGAACAUUUGGAUGCUGGCACGAAAUUGCUGAGGCUGUUGUGGCACGAAAGGGCCCUCCUGUCAAUACUAUUGAUUGCUGUGCAUUCAAUGAAUGCUUUCUUUCUGGACAGUAUUUUCAAUUGGAUCACCCUAUACCAUCAAUUGGAUCAAGUGAGUUUCUUUUGAGUGCCAAGGAGAACAUGAAGAGGCCCAAAGCUCUCAUAUGUGGGAACAUAGUCAAGUUUGUGCACCGAAAGGCCCUCAAGGAUGUCAGAUUUAAAGAUUAUUCAAUUCCAUGUGGAUGGAAGGUCCUUCUAGUUUUCAGUGCUGUACAUCUAGACAUAUCUCUUCAUGGAAGUGUCCUUGAGUUCCAUCCUUGGAGAUGGGAGCGUUCUUCGGCCUUUGAAGAAAGAGAGACUAAGAAAGGAUGCUAUUGCAUGGAAGAAGCAGAAGAGUGGGGAAGCAGAGGGUGGAAAGGCACAUGAUUCCCUUGUCAAGGAGCUAGAGUCAUCCCUUUCUGAAAGGCAAUGCACUGUAAGAGAACUGGAGCGUAAUUUACAUUAACAAAGGCAAGUCAUUACUAGCCAACAUGAUGAACUAAAGUUGCUUAAUGAAAAGCUGAAUAAUGAAGCGAGGAGAAUUAAGUCUUUGGAACGGGAGGGUGACCGACUUCGUUCUGAGAUUUCUUUACUGGAGUCCAAGGUGUGGUUUACAAAGCUCAAUUUUAUCCACAUAUUAACAGUAGCUUGUCGGUCAUGCUGAAAUGUAAAAGGAAAGAAGAGAAAAAAACUGCAAUGUUGCUGUAUUGCUGUUUUGUUGCCUUUGGACAGAUUGAUCAGCACAAAUAUUGCUUGUGGCAUGGUUAGUUAACCUUUGAUUUAUAGCAUGGAUGGCAGCUGGUGGCAGUAUGUUGUAUGCUGUGAAAUGGUUGAAAUAUUAACUUCUUUCUCAAUUAAGCAAUGUCUGCCUGUUAGAAUGGUUGACGUACUCAAUUUUUUUAGACGAUUUUGUUAAAGAAAAAGAACACUGGGAAAGCGA